GUUGCAGAUAUCAAGAGAGUUAACAAUCUUAUCAAUGAUCAAGAUUUUUUUGCCCUGAGGUCUAUCAAAAUCCCAGUGAAAAAGUUCAGCGUAUUAACCGAAACCCAUGUCUCUCCAAAAGGAAGACCAGUCCUUCGGCCUGCUCACUGUUCCCCAGAAGUGCAGGAAAUGUCACCUGAUAAAUUCUCUGCUACCGAGACUGUUGGCAACUUCUUAAAAGAAGUGGAUCGAGAUAUAGAAGAAAUAGUGAAGUGUAACGAUACAAAGAGAGAGAAUCUUAAUGAAGUUGUUUCUGCCUUAGCAGCCCAACAGAUCUGUUUUGAAACUGAUGGUAAAACUAAAAAAUGCAAGGAUCCUUACUAUGGAGCAGAUUGGGGUAUAGGAUGGUGGACAGCCGUGGUGAUUAUGUUGAUUAUUGGCAUAGUAACUCCAGUUUUUUAUCUCCUGUACUAUGAAGUUCUAGUGAAAGCAGAUGUCAGUCACCAUUCUACAAUGGAAUCUUCCCAUUUGUUUGUCACAGCAGCAUCGCAUCAGAAACAAAUAGAAAAUGGAAUAAAUCCAGCGAAUAUUAUAAAUGUUGAUAAUCAAGGAAACCUUCAGCCUUAACAAUGGAAAACCACAGGUGGCUGUUAUUCAUGGACACAUAACAUAGCAUUAGAUAAAGGGGAAACCACAGAAUGCAAAAUGCAUCUGGAAGGCAGAGAAAAUGCGUACUGAUGUGUGACUUGCCUUUAUGGGCACUGUUCCAGUAAAGGAUAUUUCUGUGGAUCGUGUAAUCUCUGAACAUGUCUCAGACAGGCGAUUUUAAUGCAAGAUUGGGAUAUAAAUUAAGGUAUAAAGUUGUCUCUGAAGUUUUGCACUUUUUUCUAUUUU